AGCAGCAGAAGUCAGUCGGUCCUGUAGUACUUCUGAAUUACUGCUAACUGCCAGUAGUAUCGGUCGGAGUACUUGUAUGUUGCCGUGCCGUUGUGUGUUACUUUCUGGCCGUUAACGGGAGCUCAGUUUGUCGUCGUCGGUGUGAUGGAACUGGACAAAAUGGACGAGAACGACUGGAAGUAUCACGGAGAGGGAAACAAGAGCCUGGUGGUCUCACACGUACAGCUUUCCAGAGUUCUACGCCUGCUCAAGUAUCCUGCAGAGGACUCUGAAAACCCACCACAGACGGUGGAACAGGCCUUCAGGCAGAUUCAGCACAUUGUCGACUUCAGCUCCAACGUGAUGAGCAGCCUGCUGGGAGAGAAGUUCAUCCACAGCGGGGAAGUGGUAAAACUGCCGCUCGAGUUUGUGCGACAGCUGUCAAUCAAAGUUCAGCAUCAAAGACCAGCCUGGCGCUGUGAUAAGGUGAUGGACAUCUACAGCGGCUGUGCUCUCUGUCUGCCCAACCUGACGUCUCCAGUCCUCCACCAGCCAACACACACUCCUCCACUCUGUAUUGAGAUCAAGCCUAAAUGCGGCUUCCUGCCGUCCUCCAAACAUGUCAGCAGAGACAUCAAGACCAAAGUGUGCCGCUUCUGCAUGCACCAACACUACAAGGUGGCCAGUGGGAUGUGGAAAAGACGCAGUCUGUACUGUCCUCUGGACCUGUUCUCAGGGAACAGACAGAGAAUGCACUUUGCCAUCAGACACCUGAUAGAAGAACCUCAGAACAACUUCAAAAUCUUCAAGGGCGGUCAGUGUAUUUACAGCAGUAAGGAGGGCAGUGACGACUCGUUGGACCUGAACUCUCUGCUGCAGCAUCUCAGACCGUACUUCCUGUACGGAAACAACCGACUCAGAGCUGUCCUGAGCGACUUCAUUCAGGUCCUGGUGAACGCCCUGCUGAGUGGUGGAGGAGGAGAUGGAGGAGUGGUGACAGACAGACAAGGAGAAGGGCGCAGCUUCUGUGAAGCGAGCCUGUUCAACAAGGAGAGAAUCUGGCACGGCUCUCAGGGUUUACCCAGCGACAGUGUGUUGUUCAGGAUUCUUCAGACUCAGAUGUUGGACACGCUGGACAUCGAAGGACUUUACCCUCUGUACCACCGAGUGGAGCAACACCUGCAAGACUUUCCCAAGGAGAGAGCCCGUCUUCAGAUAGACGGUCCGUACAACGAGGCCUUUCUGGAGAAGCUGCAGAAAUGUCCGACUGAGGACGACGGCUCGGUGGAGUACGCUGCCGCCAAGGUCCAUCAGUACCGCGUCGCCAUGACUGCCAAGGACUGCUCCAUUAUGGUUGCCCUGGUGCCCAGCAGUGAGGAAGAGGAGGACGACGAGGGUCAAAGGCGGUUUAGGGACUUCCUCGCCCCCAGACCUCCGGCUUUCUCCUACUCGGUCUCUAUCUUGGAUCUGGACCCGAAGCCGUUCGACAGCAUCCCCCGCCAGCUGCACCUGGACCAGAAGAUUGUCUCCUGCUACCUGAGGACUGGUGGUGCCUUGCCAAAGGGCUCUCUGCCGCCACUCCCCGGCAUCUUCACAGCUGCAGAGAGAGAGGACUGCACGCUGCUCUUCCACCCUGUGUGAGCGCUCUGAAGACUGACACCAGGCCUUUGGAGAGACGCCGUGUUGAUGCAGAGGUCUGGAAUCACUCACAACCAGAGCUGUUGAUCUGAGACUUUACUGCAGCACUUUACAACACCAGCUCUGGCUGCUGCUGCUGCUGCUCAGCAAAAUUAAAAUCUCCAGGAAGUCACCACUAAAUCACUAGACGUUUAAGUGACUUUACAGAUAUUUCUGUUACUGAUUCUAGAGUCUGCGUCGUCAUGGUGACAGACUAGUGCUCCUGUCAGGAGGUGAAUCCCGACAUCACCACUGUGUUCUGUCAUAAUCCAUAUUUAUUAGAAACCUUACAGGGAACUUUGUCCUUUUCUGUGGUGACAAGAGUUCGGAUUAACCUCCUGAUAGGACUUUUGUGGUUGUCGUGGCGAUGAUCUCUUACUGCUCUCGUUGUCCGUGGCAACGCUGCUGACAGCGAAGCUUUGAAAGAAAAGCAGGUCAUUGAGCUGUGACGUACGUAUGAUGUCAUUUCCUGAAUGUAGGUGGGGCCUCCGGUAGAGUGAGGCAGCCAAUUUGUUUGAACUGUGUUCUGAAGCAUCACUAUGGUGACAGAAGCACUAGUUGCCAUAGCUACAGCCACAGAGGAGCAUGUUUGAUCUGAUCACCAAACGGUUGGUGUGAGUCUGGAAGGAGGAGGUGUUUGUUGUACCCACAAUCCUUUGCAGAAAUGUGGAUCCUGGAGUGAGGUUCAGGCUGGACUCCAUGGAGGUUUUCAGUCCAGCUCAUCACACUGAUCAACUCGCAUUCAGUCGCUGAAGCGAGGUGAUGUUUGAUAGAACUGAAAACCUUCAUGAACCACCAGAGACUUCUCUCAUCAGGCAUUUGUGGCGAGAUGUCGAGGGUCAAAUGUUUGACUUAAUUUUUCUUAAUUCAGGGAGAUUGAGUUAUGUUUAGGGAAGUGUUAACCCCCCCCCCCCCCCCCCCCCCCCCCCCCCCCCUUGUUAAAUCUAGAAACUAUAAACUGUUUUUUCAACACAAGCUAAAUUCCUGUCAUGUCAGUGGAGGCAGAAGUCUGAAAUACAGAUAUCUCAAAUCUAAUCUAGACGAAUAAAAAAAGAAACGAUCUGCACAGACAGAAACCAACAGAGGGAGGAGAGCAAAUACACUCAGUGGCCACUUUAUAAGGUACACCUGUAUAAUAUAAUGCAAUCCAGUACAACACCCCUAGGGAUGGAAAUUGAUACCAAUGCCAUUAUAGAUUCUGCUUAUUGGUCCAGUGCCUAUGCAGUGUUAUUCAAGCUGGCUGUAGCUUGAGAGCUGGCAUUUGUUUUCAUAUAGGUUUUCUUGGUCACACCACAGGACCCUCGUUACCUGUGCAGAGAGUGUCAAAUCUAUGGCAUUCCUGGAAUUUAAGACGAUGUUGCGUAGAAAGAUGUUUCCAACCUCACAGCUAACACUGUUGUCAUAUUUCUUGGUGAAAUGAAGACACACUUUUGGCUGUUUCUUCCUCUCAGCCAUGACUCGCCUUGUUGCAGCUUUCCUGCAGCGUAGACGCAUGAGUUUGACGUCAUUGUUUUGCAAUGCACAACUGUCAGAGAAACAUGCCUGCAUUGAUAAAAGGCAUUGACAAGCCUGGACGCACAUGAUACAGAUGGAUCGGACAAUUUGGAACCCAUUCUUGAUUCCCAUCCCUAAACAGCACUGUUACAAAUUCUGCUUUUGAUGUUCAUUUGACACUGUCAGAGGUGUUAGAAAGCAGUUAUAUUAUACUGAAAAGUGCUUCUAUUGUCAUGUCCACCCCAUCUACAUAUAUGAGGGAGGGAGUCCAGGACACCACCACCAAGUAAGACCUCAAUGAUUAGCAUGAUUAACACCUCUUUGACAGUGUCACCAAAACAUGAGAUUAUUAAGAGUAGCAUUAGUGACAGAGCUGUUGUAUUAGACUGUAUUAUCUUAUAUAGUUAUUUUUAUAUAUAUUUAAGUAAUUUGGGUAAACGGACCCGUUAAGAUCCAGCUGGGACCUCUGACCAAGCAGCUCUUGUUGGAUCCUUCUUGUGAAGAUGUUUGGGGGGGUUAGGGUUAGAAAACAUUUUGUGUUGAUAAAAGCAAUUAAUUUUAACUCGUCAGAAUAAGAUUCAGCCUGUUUUGUUGGAAGAAAAUCCACAUUCAGUCGUCUAACAUUCCCUCGUUGACUAACAUGGUGAUAUGUAUCUUUGUAAAGGUACGGCCACACAACACUUCAGUCCUGCAAAUAUCUGCUCUGUCUCCUGUUCAGUUUAAGCCCAAACCACCAAUUCAACCACGAGUUAGCUGUUCUGGUGUGGACUCAUAGGAGUUCACCUUGGACCUGUGAUUUCACUCAGGUGGCUGACAGAUGAGGGAGGAGUCGUACUGGCAGCAGUGUGUCAUCACACUGCCUGACAGGAGACCGAUCGCCUGCAGAACCAGAGCAGAGGGUUUUAGAGUGAAGCAGGGAAGUUAUAACACGAGAUGGUUGAAACAGAACAGGGAUGCUUUCUGUCUCCUCUCCAGAGGUCAGUGUGUCCGGUCUGCUGUGGAUCAGUCUGACCCACCAGAGCAAGGGCUGCUGGGUAACAGGGCGGUCCUCUUCAGACAGGCCGAGCUUCAUGCUGCUGCUCCGCUGGUUUUUUGUGCCAUAAGUGGCUUGUUGUGCGUUCGUCCAUGUGCCUAAAUGUUCUGGUAGGACUGGAGGGUGGUGUGUGUGUGUGUGUGUGUGUGUGUGUGUGUGUGUGUGUGUGUGUGUGUGUGUGUGUGUGUGUGUGUGUGUGUGUGUGUGUGCGUUGCGUUCACAGCUGAGAUCUGAGACAAGUCGCUCUGUUUAUCAUUGUCCAGACUACCAUCAGAUCAGGUUUGGAGCUGCUGUGGACGCAGCUGUGAACUCUCAGUACCUCGAACUCCUGACGACCCGGACCGAAGUGCCGCAGGGUCGUCUGAUGUUUGAAAAACGAUGCGUUCAGGAGCGCUGGGAGGUUUCUGAGGACGGUGAGACUUGUACCCAGUGUUUGUUACCAUUAGCAGAUGAGUGUUGACUGCAUUUUCAGGACUUCCGUCAAGUCCAGAUGUCGUUCGUGUUCGGAUCAUCUCGGGUCUUUUUGUCACCACGUACAAAUUUUGUGACCUGUGAUUUUGUGGUGAUCUCAUCGUCCUCUUAAACCAGCAGCGCUCACAGAGGCUUCAGAUAAACUGGUAACACUUGACUUCAGUUCCUCUGUUUAGUUUCCACUCUCCAACCACCACGACUUCCAUCAGCCAACCAAACAUCUGAAAUCACACUACAGGCCAGAAACUCCUCCGUCAGGUAUGUUUUCGGGAACUCCGCCAGCUGAUGAUGAUGACUUGACUGCUGCCUCGUUCACCAGCAGUUUGUCACCAUCACGGGAUAUGUCCACCCGGUCAGUAGUUCUGUUCAACAGUUUAAAAUGACUUUUCAGUCUGUCAAUCAUAAGACCAGCUCUCUCUGUUUGACCGUUAAAGGAACAGUUCACCCCAAAUAAAAGUUUUUUCUCUCACCUGUACUGCUCUUUAUCCAUCUAGAAUGUUUUGGUGUGAGUUCUGGAGAUCUUGGCAGUAGAGAUGUCUGCCUGCUCUAAUAUGAUGGAACUAGAUGGCAUUUGGCUUGUGUUGCUUAAAGAGACAAAAAAAACCCCUCAACAGCAGCGUCUCUUUACAGAAAUGACCCGGUUACUCAAGAUAAGCCACAGACCUUGUUGUGAGCACUUUGAUAUAGGGACUAUUUUCUUUCUACGGCACUACACCCAGCAUCCGUAUCACUGCACAGAGGGUGUGUGCAUCUACUCUCCUCACUCCAGUCAAUCCCUGGAUGCACGCUUCCUUCUACACAGUGACACGUUUAAAGAAAAUAGGUCCUACAUUAAACUGCUCACAACAAGGUCUGUGGAUUAUCUUCUACUUGGAUUAAAAGCAUUACAGGUGAAAGGGGGACAGGCCAAUCACAUCAGCCCCUUUUUUGACUGACAUCUAGGUAGUUGGAUGCCUGGUUGUCUGGGAGACAGGAGACAAAGGCUGGAGAGUGGACAGCGGUCGAACUGAACCAACCACUGAUCGUUCUAACUGUCGAACUGAAGACGCAACAGGCAGCAUGGCAGGACAGCAGAGGCUCAUGGGAGUAAGAGGGGGGAGGGUGGGGUCUCUCUGAGACAGACAAAGAGUUCAUGUUACCAUCACCACAGUUCGAUUCCUUCUGAAACGUCUUAACAGUACAACAACUUAACAAUUUGUACACCAAAGUCUGUUGCAGCUACGUCCGAACAUGACGUAGGAUGGACGAUGCUGAUGGAGAAGAGUUGUUUGUAUCAGGGCUAAAAAUGCAGUGCAUUAACAAGAGAAUAUAACCAUCAAAUUAGUGUUCAGUAACUAUCGUGAAUGAGCAACUUUGGCUGACUUGCGACGUCCAUCUUAAUUUACUUUUUCCAGUACCUUUUAUUUUAGCUUCUAAAUUCAUAAACGGUAUUUACUGUAAACCCUGAAGAUCCUUAAAAACCCAGAAGAUCAUUUAACAACACAACAGUUCUGAAGGUUUUUCCAGAAUCCUCAAAGACUUUUCUGUUGAUCUGGAUAAAAAAAUAUGAAUAUAUGAAUUCUUUAUAUUAAUAAUAGUGCCUAAUAUUAUUUACAUAAAUUGCAUGUUUAUGUCCUAAUCCAGAUAGACUCAAGAAAAACAAACAAGUUAUUAUGAUUAUAAAUAGAAAAUAAGGAAAAUAAGUUUAAGACUAAUUUAUGUGAUAAAAUUCUUUUACUUUGAAGAUUCUUGGAAAACAGCAGUUGACAAAAUCAGUCUGAACUCUAAGUUCACUUACUUGCUUGGUGUGGAGCGUUUAACUGUAUCACACAUUCUUCCUCAGCAUUGAUUGAGUUUGUUCGUUGUCAGACUUUAACGUCCUAGAGGAGCUCAGAAUUAUGGGAAGUUUGAACAUCUGCAGAACAAGAGAGCAAGUUGACCCUGAGCUGAGAUCGUUUGCGCAGUUUCCAAUGUUAGUUUGUGAUGUGUAUACAUAUAUAUAUAUAUAAAAAAAGUUUUUUUUAAAUAAUUUUUUAAAAUUCUAGAUAACCUUCAAGGAUUCUGGAAAUCUCUUUAACGUGCUUUUAAAUGACUUUGUGGGGUUUUUUUAAAGAUCGUCAGAGAUUUAAUGCGACACGAACACAGACCGAGAUGCAAACUGGAGCGUAAAAAAUGUACAAAGCACUGAUAAGAUUAAGUGAAAGAUUAGAGAACAGCGGUUUUGUAAUCAGAAGAAAACAAACGUGGUUCAGACUUUUCUGUCCUCAGAGACGAAGCUCCGACAGGUGAGCUGGAGUCUGAUUGGCCGCUUGCCUCUGCUUCCUGCUGCUGCCUGAGCGUCAGCCUGCAGAAGCAUCACAGCACUGUGAUACCUACAGACUUCUAAUAACUGCGUGUGUGUAAAUAGCUGAGAGAAGAAAACUAUUUGAAAAUACAAAGGCGACACUGCUGUCUGGCAUUUUGUAUUUAAAUUAUUUAUUUUUGUAGAUUUUGACCAAUGAGCUCUGCUGUUACAGCUAUUACAGUCGUGCUCUUUCUAUUGAAUAAAGAUUUCUAAGA